CUCUCUCUCUACCAAUAUAAGAUAGACGCAGUGGAGGGGAGGAGAUGAAGAGGCAAGUAGCUAGCUACAUGGACAUGAAUCCUCAACAUCUUUGUGACACCGGACUUUCUCUAGACUUGGCUAUUGGUCCGGCCGCCAGCGCAACUUCCACAGCCGACCACUACCGCCGGCAACAGCCACGGGAGUCAGCCUCCCUCACCUUGAGUCUCGCCGCUGCCGCCGACGACGAUGAGGUGCUCAAGGCCAUGCAAAGCACUGUGAAUACAGGGGAAGAAGUCCGGCCGCUGGCGUCCCCCUGCAGCGCCGUCUCGUCUUUUUCCUCUGCCUCGGCCGCUGCGGUCUGCGUUAAGAAGGAGAAGGACGUUGAGGAAGUGGAGGCGGAGAGAGUUUCUAAUAAUUGUAGGGCGAGUGACGAGGAGGAAGAUAACAACUGCAGUAGGAAGAAGCUUAGGCUUACCAAGGAGCAGUCUGCUCUGCUCGAGGACCGAUUCAAGGAGCAUAGCACUCUUAAUCCAAAACAAAAGCAAGCCUUGGCCAAGCAAUUGAAUCUUCGUCCACGGCAAGUCGAAGUUUGGUUCCAGAAUCGGAGAGCAAGGACGAAGCUGAAGCAAACGGAGGUGGAUUGCGAGUUCCUGAAGCGGUGCUACGAGACGCUGACCACCGAAAACCAGAGACUGCAGAAGGAGCUGCAGGAGCUGAGGGCCCUCAAGUUCUCCCAGCAGCCGCCGUUCUACAUGCAGUUCCCGGCCGCCACCCGCUCCAUGUGCCCCUCCUGCGAGAGGAUCAGCAGAUCCACGGCCACCGCCACCGACGGCCCCAAGAUCGUCGGCAGUGCCGCCUCAGUAGUAGUAGCAGCGCCGCCCAAGUCCAGCCACCACUUCUUCAACCCCUUCACCAAUUCCGCCAGAUGUUAAUCAACUCAACUAGAUCAGUUAAUACAGACCUCUAAUUCAAAUCCCCCUACACCUUCCUCUUCUUCCUCGGAAGUUAGUUUAUAUAUGUUUAAUCCAGUUGAUUUUGGUAACUUGAUGAUGCUCAACUUAUUAAAAUCCAUAUGCAGAGACGUAGUGCAAGUUCUUUGUCGUCAUCUUUGUACAGAUAUUAAUGCUAUAUAUAGAAGAAAUUACAUUAA